GCUUUACGCUGGGUAAAGAGGACGACACAAUAUUCGUGUAUCGUGUAACUCAGAUUGAGAAAUCGUGACACUCUUGUUGAUUUUCACAUCAACAUGGCUUCAAAUCCGCCACGUCUUUCGCCCCAAGAGCUUAUGAGCUUGGCCCCACUCCCUGACAAGAUCGAGAACGGGAAGAUUGUCAAGCGAUACAUGAGCCAGCGCAAAGCCUGGUCCCCCAAUGGUGAUGUCCUAAUUGCAAGCGAAACAAUAACUCCAAAAGAUGCACCACCACCCGGUCAAUUUAGCAAACAGGUGGCAUACGGUGGACACGUUUAUGGUCAGGCGGGUGUAGCUGCUUCAAAAGCCCUUGCGGAGAUACAGGCAUCGCAAACGGGUGCUUCCCGAAGGAAAUCCGGCAUUCAUACUAUCCAUGGAUACUUCUCGGAAGCGGGCUUCACAGAUAGGCCAUUUAUAUACAACGUGACAAACAUCUCAGCAAAUCCAGCUUUUCCCAAUUUCUUCGUCACAGCGCAACAGCCUUCAUCAUCAAGCGUGAAUACUCUAGGAGAUCACUUCCCAUUAAUGGACGCCGACCAGCCCCUCGGCCCCAUCUGUUUUAAUGCCUUGGUGUCUUUUAGGCCGUCCGUGCCUUCACAGCACAUAGCUCAGGAACUGCCACCACAAACACGCUUUACAGAUAUUUUGAAUUCGCGCCCGCCCUCAGCAUGGCCCCCAGCACCACAUGUCGAUAUCGCUAAAGUAGUAGAGCAAUUUCCAGUGCGGAAUCCUGGUACCUUUCCGGCACUAGACAUGAAGAAGGUCGAUUUAACCCCAUUUAACGAGGGAAAGCCCCUUUACGAACGCCGAGAACUCUUAUUAUAUCGACUUCUCGCUCCUCUACCAGCUGACGAGCCAGAUGUUCAUAUUGGCCUCCAUGCUUAUGAAUCGGAUCGGAAUGGGUUACUCAUGAUAGGACAUCAUGUGGGUUUUGGGUACGAUUUUGGUCGCGCAGCCAGCCUCAGCUGUACUUUGGUCGUUCAUGUCAAUUCCGAGGAUGCGGUUAUGUCUUAUGGUGAGGAUGAAUGGUGGAUUCAAGAGGCUUGCUUUCCUAGGGUUGAGGCUGGGAGGGGAAUCAUUGAAAGUAAAAUUUGGAGCCCUAAAGGCAUUCAUGUGGCUACGGGAUAUCAAGAUGGCAUAAUACAGCGCCAACGGAAACCCAAUGAGAAGGAGAGGUUAUAAGCCGGAUACCCUCGAUUAAAGACUACUAGAUCUUAAUGGAUUUCUGGUGCAAAUUAAGGAGGUGAUGUUUUUAACGAUGUUUUCAGCAUCACCAUCGUCCACCGGGUCGCGUACUACGGUGCGCUGACUUAAUAUAAAACUGCCAAUGCGCCAUAAUACAGUGUAUAUUCAUGGUGUGGUGGCGUUUCGUAGGUAAAUAUGACCACUAAUUCUUUAGCGGAGUAUGCGCUAAAGCUCCCUAUAU